AUGUGGGGCGCAUCUUCUGGAGGGACUCCAGUUGUGGACAGCUUCAUCGCAAACAUUAUGGAGCUCAUAAGGGAUCGCAACGGAGCUAAGCUACAGGAUUAUCUCCAGAUUGAACCUCCAUUGCCACCUGUAUACCAUGAUAUGGUUGCGGAGUUGAAGAGUCAAUAUCCACAAAGCGCAAAUAACGAUGACCAACUUCUAGGAAAAUGCGAGUCCGCGGCUCCACCGGGCAGUUCCUGGUCCGCAUUUCCCUUAUUUUUGCGACAGUACUUUACAUUCGUAAGGGACGUCAAUGUCGACAACCUUUUGGAUACUUACGAUUUACUAAAAGCUCUCUUAAAUCAAUGCGUUAUAGCCCUGAGUGAUAGUCAAAUGGGAGUCGUUGUCCUGCCUACGGUCCUUUAUCUCUCGAAAGUGCUCGCGAAGCUAGCGAUUGGCUUGGACCAUCGACCGGAAUUGGUCUCACACCUCCAAAAGGAGUCGACUGGAAUGGACGAAGCAACGGAGAAGGUGACACUCGUUGAGAAAUCCGCGAACGUUGUCCGUGAAGCUUUUAUCAAAUGCCUUACUGAUAGGAGCGGGGCAGUUGGUGCACAAGGGAAGCCAGAAGGGAGACGCGUUGGAAUCUACUUGAUGGCAAAUUUGUGUUUGAAGCUUUUAUUCAAGUGCGGCAAACUUCGGAAUGCUGAACAGAUGUUUGCGAGUAUCAAUGCCCAAUCUCCCCCUCUUUCUCAUUUCCCCGCCUCGCAAAGGGUCACCUACCUUUACUACUUGGGGCGAUACCUUUUUUCGAAUAACCUUUUCUUCCCGGCUCAAACCGCAUUGCAGGCAGCAUAUAACCAAUGCCACAGGCAAGCACUGCAACAACGACGCCUCAUCUUGACCUAUUUGAUACCAUGUAACAUUAUCCUUGGGCGCUUCCCCUCCAGAACUCUACUCGAGCGACCAGAAUCCAAGGGAUUUGACGAUGUAUUUUUACCUAUUUGUCAGAUCAUUGCAAGCGGCGACCUGGGUGCUUUUCGAUCUUACCUGGAUGUUGACUCUCCCCAUGCAGAUUUUUUUGCUCGCAAAGGGAUUUUGCUCCAGUUACGAAAUAGAUGUGAGAUUCUUGUUUGGCGCUCCCUCGCCAGGAAGGUAUUCAUUUUCUCUGGCUUUCACGGAGAUCAAAAAGCCCAGGCCCAAAGAGGGCCUCCGCCAUUCCUCUAUCUUAGCAAACUGGAGGGAGCAAUUAUGUGGAUAGAAUCACGCUGGUCCAAGCAAGCAACGCAAUCGCCUUCCGCUAUGAGGCAACCUGGACAAAUUCUGCAAACGUCGCCCCCAUCUCAAGCGAGGCGGCUCUUCUCUUUCGCAGCAGAUCGCGAUUUCGCUAAGCCAGACAUGAUCGUUAAUGAUGCUACAGCCAAUUCCUCUUCCGAUUACGACGAUUAUUUUCAACCUGACGGAUAUUUCGACCGCGAUGGGGAAUGGGUGCUUGUGACUGGCGAAAAUGAUUUGCCUGAUGAUGUAGCUCCUGAAGGCCAAGAUUCGGACAAUCUUGCCUCCGAUGCUCUGUCGUAUUUACCAAGUGAAGGAAAGGUGUCAGACGGUGAAAAGGGCCCAGAGUCCCCUUCACCAUUGAUGCGCGAUCUCGAAUCAGUCCUUGCCUCGCUUCUUGUACAAGAUCUGAUGCGUGGCUACUUAACUCAUAAGAACCCGCGCUUCGCUAUCCCAGGAGCGCGCGUUAAGGGAUCCCUUCCUACUGGGUUCCCUAAUGUAUGGAGAACUAUUUAUGCUAGAGAAAGCGAAGAUGACCAAGUUCCCGGCUGGGUGAAGCCAGCAUCGAACCCAAGAUUCGGCAAUAGCACGGGAGGGUCGUUGGCCAGUCCCGCAGGAGGGAUGGGCGGACGUGUAGUCAACCUAAGUGGAGCAAGACCCGUAGGCGCUCUGGGAAGUUAG